AUGUUUCUCAACCCAUGUCUCAUCUUAAUUUUGCCUAUUCGCCAAGAUGAUCCAUAUAUGGUCUCUGGGGAUGAUGAUGAUACUGACGAAGCUCUCGUAGGAUUCACCUAUAGUCCCUUCCAAAUUAGGAUUGAAAGUGAGGACGAGCCAUCUGCUACGAAAGAGCAACUAAAUUCCCUGCAUGAAAAGAUAUACCAAAUGCUUCUCGCUUCCAAGGCAUCAUCUUUUGAUGAUUAUUCUAAAGCAACAGUUGAGUCUCUAUUUAAACGCAUAAUGAAAGAGCAUGCGGCCAAUGCAGAAAAAAAAAGAAUAAUGUUGUUAAUGAUUCUACUGAAGUUUGCAAGCUGA